UAAGGAGAAGUGUGGAGCCAGCGACUCUUACACUUCCGGGUCGGCUCUCUCCUGCUCCAGGUGCAGAUCAUUACACUCACCGGCUGGGAGGAAGACCAGCGUUUUGGUGCUUGUGAGGAUGGAUGAUGACGAUUUUGGGGGAUUUGAGGCUGCCGAGGCGUUUGACUGCGAGGAUGAUGCUGCUCAGAUCCCCGUGUCCCCCGCCAUCCCUUGGGCGGCCUUCUCCUCAGUUCCAGGCCUGAGUGCUCCUCCGGACAUCCUUCUGGACCAACACCCUUCAUUCCAGGCGGACUCCCAGGAACCUACACCACCUCCUUGCAGUCCCCCAGACCAGUGUGCACAGACUUGCUCCAGCGACGAUGCCUCGGCUCAGGACCAGGGUGCUGAGUCCAGAGACGCCCCCGAUAUCCCAGGAGGCUUGGAAACCCAUGGCCAGAUGCAGCAGGCUCUGUCCAGCCUGAAGACCAAGCUGAUGGUCAGCGAAGAGGAGAAGGUUCGCAUACAGCAGGACCUGGAGGAGCUGUUGAGCACGCAGGCCGAGAUGGAGGAACGGUUCAAGUCGGAGAGACGCACAGAAGCCGAGUCUCAUGAGCGACGCUACGCCGAGCUGCGGGAAAAGCAUGACGGAGCCCUCGAGGAUGUGAGGAAAGCAGGACACGAGUCUUUGGCCAUAAUCGUGGAGGAAUUUAAGGCACUGACCAAGUCAGCAGUCCUGCAGCAGCAGGAAGUCAGCGAGAAGCACCUUGAAGUGGCCGUGCAGAAGCAGCAGGAGAAGUGCGAGGGGCUCCUCGACGCACAGCAUCAAAGACUCUUGGAUCUUCUCGACGCUGAGAGAGAUGCCUUAGAAGAGAACGUAAAAGAGACUUUGAGUCAACAAGCCCAGCAUCAGAAGGAGUUGCUGGAAAAGUGCUUACAGGAGGAAAAGCAGAAGGCUCAAGACGCAGUCGAAGAAGCUAUUAAGGCCCAAGAGGAGCGGAUGAAGGAGGCGGUGCUGGAGGCGGUACGGGAAGAGAGGAGGCGGGCAGAUGAGCGGUGGGCAGAGCAGAGGACGGAGUGGGAGGCGGAGCGUCUCAGGGACAGGGAGACGCUCGCUCGGGCCAUAGAGGAGGCCCUGACGGACCAAAGGAGGAUCAGCAAGGAGGCAGUAAAGGAGGCUAUAGCAGAAGAACGACAAGCAGGGGAGAGGAGACUUGAGGACAUCGUGUUGAAGGUUCGAAAUGACCUAACUGAAUUUAUGAAGGAGCAGAAAAACCUGGAGCGCGCCACGCGCCACAGGAACCUGGCCAGCCUGGAGCUCUUCCUGUCCUGCGCUCAGAAGCAGCUUUCAAGCCUGAUGCUGGACGGCACCGUGGAGGACGAGGGCAGCCCGGACACCUCCGUCAGCAGCCCCUCGCUCUGACGGUCAUGCGGAGAAAUGGAGGGGGGGCAGAUGUGCUCUCUUUGAGUCGGGAUCAGCCACAGAGAAUCGCCUGCUGUGGACUAUGUGCACUGCCCGUGGCUGAGGACAGGCUGUUUCUGGGUUUGCGUCCUGGGUUAAUUACAGGCCUCCGCUGAGUCCUGAGCAUGUGUGAUUCUGCUCCUGUCCCACGCCAGCCUUCUCCCACCAUACUGCAUCUCCUCUGUCCUUAUCCACACCCCUGGGAUUCCCCCCACCCCCAGCACCCUAUAAUCGGAGGUGAGCUCGGACCGCAGCCUCCGUCCUGGGAUCACCUGUCAUAAGGCAUGAUGUCCCUCCGAUUGCCUCUGAUUGUGCUUUCUUAAAAAAAAAAAAAACUAAAAAAAAAAACAGACUAUAACAAUCAGUGACGCAGUGGUCACUUUAACAAUGUAAUGGAAAGACCAGCACUCCCUAACUUGACCAGCAGGAGGAGAUCGCAUCAGUGAAUGUAUUGCAUCUAACUUCAGAGUGCCCUGUAUCCAACACAAAUAAACUUUGUGAAUGUC